AUGGCCUUGCAUAUAUUUGGGGAUUCUGCUGUACGUGGGAAGAAUAAAAGUGAGAAUUUAGUGGUAGGGGAUGCAAAGCUAAAGGUGAAUGAGGUGAUGGAGGACACAGGGCCAAAUUAUGAGCUAUUAAGGGAACUCGUUCCUGAAGAAGUGGUGGAGAAAAUUAGACGUUUUGGCCUUCGGGUGUGUCAAGGUGAGGAUUUAUGUGUAUGGAAACAUACGGUCGACGGUGAAUUUACAACGAAAUCAGCUUGGGAGGUGAUUCGAAAACAUGGCCUGAAUUGUACUUGGAGGAGAUGGUUAUGGCAAGACUUUGUGCCAAAAAAGAUGUCCUUCAUAUGCUGGAGAGCUCGACGGAAAGCAAUUCCUGUGGAUGAUAUUAUUCGAAGUAUCAGAAUUCCAAUUGUAUCAAAAUGUAGUUAUUGUUUGCAUCCGCAAGUGGAGACUUUGAAUCAUAUUCUUUGUGAGGGAGAUGGAGCUAAACAAGUUUGGAAGUUUUUUGCAGAGGCUUGUCAACUUCAACUACCGCAUAUUAGAAAAUGGGAAGGGAUGAUGUCCUUCUGGUGGGAGCAUUCAAUGAGAUCUUCACAGGUUGGAUGGACGCAUGGCGUCCUACCGAUUAUCAUUUUGUGGGCACUAUGGAAGGCUAGGUGCUUAGCUUGA